AUGACAGCCGGGACUGUAGUCAUCACUGGAGGAAUAUUGGCUACGAUUAUCCUUCUUUUUAUAAUAAUCGUGUUGUGUUAUUGCCGCCUGCAGUAUUAUUGCUGUAAGCGAGAGGAAUGGGAUGGAGACGAGGAGGAGCCGGACUUUGCAGUGCACUCCCGUCUACCGGCUGCUUACUACAACCACAAUGCCGGAAAUGGACUUCACUUUAGUUCUGUAGCCCAUCCCCAGGAUCACGGCCAGUCCCGAACUCUCUGCUCCAACUGCAAGCCACUCUUCUAUGUGCACCAGAUAGAAGAGAUUCGAAAUGGGGGCGGAAAGAUGAGCUGCAACUCUGUGAGGGAGGAGGAUUUUGAAAUGCUGGAUAAUCCUCAGGAACUGCCCCUGGGCAGGGCCAAGUUAGCCAGAGACAUUUUUAGCAGAAGUCGAAGUAUCAGCACUGACGUGUGAAGAGGUUUGUUACGAAUGAUUUUCUACCACAGCUGCUUUCACAUAACAAAAUUAGACCAUUAGUUUACACAUUUCGUGGAAAAAAUGGAUGGAAUGAUUGAAUGCAAUUUCUUAAGCAUCAUUAAAUUUUUUUCAAACCCAAACUACGAAAAAACAUUUACUAUUCCUAUAAAAGGAGUGGCCUGAAUAUUAGAAAAUGUAAUUGAAACAAAUAGUUAUUGAUGUAUUUAUAAAUUAAUUUAUCUUCUAAUGGAUGAGAUGUUUGUUUAAAUGAAAGUUUUAUAACUGCUGCUUUAAAUGGGCCAGAUACAUUGUAGUAAUUUUUUUUGUAUAAUAAUGGCUGCUAAUAUAGUUUAUAUGUUCUUUAGUACGUCUGAUCUAAUUUUGCAAAAGGAGUUAGUUAGUACACGGCUGGUAAUGUAUUCUGUGGCACUGAUUAACAUUAUGUUGUUCAGGAACAUUAUUGUUCAACUCACAUGAAUAAACCAGAGAAAUUUAUGAAUCAAA